UGAACGUAGAUAGAUAGGUAUAGAACUUGGUGUGCCUCAAGCCUAUUAUCCUUCGACAUCGCUUAGUCGAAAGCAGUCUUGUGAAUUUAACCUACUCGUACCAUUAAUGUUUUGAAUUCUGUGUUCUUAUCUCAACUUGUCAAUAGUAAGUGAAUUAUAAAAUUAAAUCCAACCAAAGUCACAAAACGAUUGACGUGUAAAUUAUACGAGAUGCAAUGCGAUUCAUCAUCAAUUUAUUUGAUUGAUUGAUAGUUCACGAUGUCGAAUGUUGGAUGUGAUUGUGAUGUGAUGUGAAGUGAAUUAAGAUACAUGCAUUUGUUUUCGACAAAAAUGUGUAUCAAUUUCAAAGUUAAGAAGAAAUAUCGCGAAUACAAAUAUUUAGGAUUAUACAAUCAUCAAUUGGUUACGUAAAAUGCCUUGGAACUGUUUAUGCAGCUCGGAUAAAGAAAGACACAAGCUUGAGAUAAGUGCUCCGAUUUUAAAUCGAGAUGGUAGUGCAAAAAUAAUUCAAACCUCAUCCAAUGUUGGCCAUUCAAAGAAAAUCACUGUCCCAUCUUUCCAAAGAAAUUCCAGCAAUCAAGUUGUCGAAAUUGUUUCAAACAAUCAUUUUCGCGAUGAUAGCAAGUUGCACAUAAAGUCUGCUUCAAAGCAGCAAAAACAACAACGUUCCAAGAAAAAUGUCAAAAAUGCCAAAGAACCAAACGCAAAAUUUCAAAAUGGCAACAACCAACAACACUCGCAUCCAACUAAUUCUUUUAAUUUCAUCAACAAUAAAACAAUUGACCUCAAUGGAAACGCAUCUUUAAAUGCUAAUCAACAUCAUGAUUCGGAGGAAGACGAUACAACCUACAGUCAGCUGGUAUUGGAACACAGUCAAGUAAACAAGUCUACCGCGGCGGCGCCAUCAGCAGGUAUUUUGUCAACAAACAACCUGAAGACGAUACCUUCCGAAUCGACGACGACAUUGCACGUUCCAAAACAAAAUCAUGAUUUAAAUAACACCGGCCAUUAUGACAGAUUGCCCUUUGACAAAUCGUCACCAAGCCCCUGUCCAAUUGGAAAUGGAUUCUUGCAACGGACAAAUGCAAAUCACGUCGGCCAACAGCCUCAAGUCCCACAAACCCAUGACCAACAUUACUACAAAGGCAAUCAGAACGCAACAGGUGGUGCUGGCGGCAAUAACGACCACCACGACGCAAAUACUAUUCCAUUCAUUGAUGAAGAAGACGUAGUCAGCAUCGUGGAGAAACAUGGAACGCACCUUUUAAUCAAUGAGGGGGAUAACAACAACUAUGAAACAGCUAUAAACCGAGUAUUGACACUACAUCCCAAGAACACUGUUUCCAGUCAAACUAUUCAGCGCGGUAAAGUGUUGCAGCGAACGCAACUUUCCAACAUGUCAUUGAGAAAACCAAGGAGUGGAGAGUUUCUUGUCAAUGGGUCAUCAGCGGGAGACUUACCACUGUACUAUCAAAAGCAACAUAAUGACAGAGCUGGCGCUGAUGUACAUGAUUUCAUAGCCUGGAAUCCAGCGAAGGGGAAACUGUGCCAGGUUUGCCAUGCGUCUGCUUUCAAUGUAUCAAAGUCCGUGGUGAAAUGUCGAUGUUGCGAUUUCGUUUGUCACCACUGGUGUGUGCCUAAGAUAAUGAAACCAAACGAGGACAGAGUUGAUUCUAGCCAACAACUAAUACCAAAACUAGAAACACAACCCUGGGUCACGCAAACACUACCGGCUCCCGGACAACAUAAGAAAAGUGCUUCAUUACCUAGCCCACGAAUCCAUUAUGUCACUGAACGAAUUUUGGCCUACAUACUACCAUCGGCCCAAAAUGGCAAUCAUUUCGAUGCAAACGAUCAAUACGAAAAAGAAGUAAUACCUAUGCUAGAACAGAAACAUGGUCAGAACUAUAAGCUCUUCAACCUCGAAACGUGUAUUUCUGUUAUAACCCUGGAAAGAAUUUGUGAAUUGUGCAAGCACAUAGACAAAUGGCUUGGGAGUGGUCAGGAGAAAGUCGUUGUUCUGCAAGAUAGAGAGGAUUGCCAACGUUUGGGUGCAACUAUUAUUGCUUUUUUAGAAUACCUCAGAAUAUGUGCUUCCAACUAUCAAACACGUCACAUAAACCUAAACGAAGAUGCUCAAGUCCAGAAUACAAUUGCCCGAAACUGGAUGAAUCUCGAUAUGUUCUCAAUGAAGAAAUUCCUUGAAGGUAAUAUCGAACCUCUACGCAUCCCGUCUUACAAGCGUUACAUUCGAUACUUUUCCGGUUUGCUUUCUGGACAAAUAAAACUCAACGCAUCACCAUUGCAUCUUAACUCUAUAAGCAUUGAGUCACCACCAUCUUUCCUGCAAUACAAUGGUGUGUCUUCGAAAAGUGAAUGGAGUAGUUUCAUAAAAAUUUACGAAGGAUUACAGUGCGUAUAUACUUCUGAUAUACACAUCAUUCCAAUUACAACUAGACAAUUUCUUUAUCAAAUUGGAAAUUUGCGUCUGCGAGGUGAUAUAUUAAUCAGGUGCUAUCAAAUCGGUUCCUCUGGUGGUAGCUACGAAAGUGAAUCUAAGAAACUUAUGUUUUCGGUUCAGUUUCAUACGUGUGCCAUUAAAACCAAUGAUGUCGUUUUUGUAAAAGAAGAUUUGGAUUGUGCUUUUGAUGAGCCUCAAUUCCCAAAUGAUUGCAAAGUUUCAUUUCAUUUCAAUUCUGGUAACAAUAACAAUUUUUUGUUCCAAAGCCCACUUAUAAGAACCGAGCGAUUACACGAUGUGGAAAAGGCCAACAGUAUUGAAAAUCUGGACCUAAACUCUUGUCAUACCCAAGGUCCAUUGGAUGGUUCUCUAUAUGCAACAAUUCUGAAAUCACCAAAGUCAUCACAUUGUCCUAAUUACAUCCAUGACGAAUCUAUAAAAUCUAUCGCCAGUUACGAUACAAACUUUGAUUCAUUGAAUAAUAAUAAAACAAUAAAAACAAGCACCCCAAUCAAAGUAUCAUCUCGUUCGGAUAUCACUUCCGAAAGACAGUCUUUUCGGGAAACAUCGGCCCCGUUGCCAACUCGUUCUGAUUAUAACACUCAGUUAGAUAAUAAUCGCCCUGGAACAUCACAAUCGAGUUUUCGUCAUCAUUCGGGAAAUCCAAAAACUACAUUGUUGCAUCACCAAAAACACAACGCUGUAGUUAUCCAAACCCCCGAUAGCAAUAAUCGAACCAGCCAAAAUGGCUCAAGAGAAUUUGUUCGCAGUCCACUUACGCUAUCAAUGGAUUCAGGAAUCUCAAGCAGCGGCGGCGUAUUAAGUAGACCCACUUUAGCAUCAAGUGUAUCGCCAUCAAGUUUUCCUAGUCAAGUGAGCCCACAAGAAGAUCGUCAUCGUGAACUUGAUGACAUUCUGAGUGACAUGCUAUUAACAGUUCAAGACAUACCUGACUUCCAAAAUCGUAAAUCAAGUACGCAUUCGAUUAACCAAUACGAUCGUAGUCAAAGUGUCGUGUCGCACGUUUCUGGUACCACCCCCGCAUCAUCCCCCGUGUACACGUUACCAAUACCAAACACGCCCGCGCACAACACCAAUCGCGAACUAAUACACAACUCGCAUUCAUAUGUGUCGCAGGAAAACGUGCAACGCCACUCCAAUUCGAAUUCAUACAACAAGCAAGAUCGGUUCGAUCCGUACGACACAGCUAGUACAACAACCACGCUAACACCGCCACCAAGUGAAAGUGGUCGCGAUACACCAAACCUGUUCGGCGGCGGUUACCAUAGCAGCACCAGCAACAUAUCGUUGGUCCAACAAUCGCGUCAACAACAGCAGCCGCCACCUCCGCGACGCGAAACAAAUACUGCAUCAACAAUGCCUUUGCAACACGGCCAAAUGACGCCGCAGAAAAAUUCGCAACAUCAGUCAGCGACAUAUCAGCGAGUAGUGCGGACGUCUAAGGAAACAAAUCCGAUCACCUCUGAAGACGAAGAUAAUAUUCCGUAUCACGCGCGUGAACACUCUCAACCGUUUACCUACGGCAACCUUCCUUCUAACGGUGUACAUUUGAACGACGUCAACGAUCCGGACAAUCUUCAAAAGGAUCCUAGAAUGAUAAAGGCUCAAUCGGGACUCACCAGUCCCAUGCUGGUGCGUAAGACAUUUGGCGGUGGUGUUUCUAGCGAGUCUACCUACAACACGUUGCGGAAGCCCGAUUUUGAGGAAAUGCUUCGUGAGCGUCGCGAAAAAGUCAUGAGCGAAAAGUACUCAAUUAGCGACAAACAAACAGUGGCCUCUAAUGGAUAUCAAAACUACUACAAUGACCCAUUGAAGCGCUCCAAUACUCUCGAUGGAUUUCAUCGAAGCACAAGCACUAAUGAGCUCUCCGGGCAAACAUGGCUUCAAUUGCAGCAACAGAAACUACGGGCAAAGAAAAACGCACAGCUAAAGGACGAUCGCAAAUAUUUUGAAGAAAUCCACACCGAAAUUAAAAAUAGACCACUCAGAUCGAGAAAUAAUGCACGAUACGAUGGCUAUGCCAGUGAUACAGCUGCUUUUGAUGAGGUCGACUAUAGGAGACCGCUCCAUGUACAGACUCCGUACCAUACAUCGAAUAGUUCGCCAGAACGACACUAUCACACAAUCAGUACUACAACGAAAACUGUCACCAAGGAGCGUCCAUUUGUCGCGGUUAGACGUUCUCAUGAAUCUGCUAAACAAGAAAAACUUGGGUCACCGUCAUUAUCGCCACUCGCUAUUUUAAAUGCUUCACCUCUUGGCCAUAUUGCACACGCACAACAAAGCAAUAAUAUUCGUAAAAGUAACAAUAAUAUUAAUAACAAUAGUAGUAAUCAAAAUCAAAAUGGGUUAUUAUCCUUGGCAGAAUCUUCUCUAAGUAACGGACGGGCAAGAUUGGUCCGCGAAGAAUCAUUUUCUUCAUAUCGGUCAGAAACCGAUCAAGAUAUAUCGAUAGCUGGUUCUCCAAGGCCUGAAACACCAGCAUUUCCUGUUACUCCAAGAACUCCAUAUGGGCUUCAUAAUGGCAGCAAUAGUCCUGGUAUUCCUCCAAGAAGUCCAACACCACAACGACGCCUUUAUAAUUCGACAUGGUCUUUGAGGAGCAUUAAAUCUACAACUUCUACAUUAGACAGGAGUGUAACUUUUCAACAAAAAAACAGCAAGGACAUUUACGGAGGCACCCAUCAGAAGGGACUCUUCCAGGAAAUUUCAAAUCAAAACGAUACAAUUUACAGAACUCGCAUGAAUUCGAAUGCAUCAAAUGCCAAUAGUGAACCUCAAGAGGUUGCUCCUCAUUUGGUCAAAUUUGUUCGCGAUUCAUCGAAAUUCUGGUAUAAGCCUAAUUUAUCGCGUGAAGAAGCUAUAGACCUUCUACGUAAUGCCACUCCUGGAACUUUCAUUGUACGUGACUCGACCACUUUUAAAAAUGCAUACGGACUAGUUGUUCGCGUUGCACAACCUCCACCAGGAGUUACUGCAUCACCUGGAAGUGAUGAACUUGUUCGUCAUUUCUUAGUGGAACCUACUACUCGUGGUGUGCGUUUGAAAGGUUGUGCAAAUGAACCUGUAUUUUCGUCACUAUCAGCGUUAGUUUAUCAGCACUCGAUUACAAACUUGGCACUGCCAUGUCGCCUUAUAAUUCCAGAAAGCGACAUUCAACCGGUGGAUACGCACACGCCAGCACAAAAACAACUACUUACCCAAGGUGCAGCUUGCAAUGUGCUCUAUUUAUACUCAUGUGGAACAGAAUCUCUAACUGGUGAGGAAGCGGUUCGUCGAGCUGUCGCACAACUCUUUUCGACGGUUCCACUCCCUAAACCAACUGAAGUUCACUUUAAGGUCGCUCAGCAGGGUAUUACGCUGACAGACAAUACUCGACAGAAGUUCUUUAGGAAACACUACACAGCGCAUAAUAUAUCAUUUUGUGGUACUGAUCCAGAGCAUAGACAAUGGAGCGUAAGAACCGAUGAUGGAGCUAUCCCAGUUAGCAAAAAAACCAUUUUUGCCUUCGUUGCCCGACGGUCGCCAAGUUCAAAGGACAACCAAUGUCAUGUAUUCUGCGACUUAGCCAUCAGUCAACCAGCAACAGCUAUUGUAUCUUUUGCAAAUAAGGUUCUUCCCACAGAGCAGCAACCAAAUAGGAAUAUUUAGAUUGUGUGUAAUUAUGUGCCAGUGUGUCACAUUCUUAAAGUACUAAACAAACUUUAAAGGAAUUAAAUAUUUUGAAAGGGCAAUGCAUUGCCGCCUUGUUGUUGUUUUUUUAUUCUUAUUUAAAUAAUAUUUUGAAUUAGUUUUAAUUAUAAAUAUGUUUAACAUUUUUUUUUACUUACUUGAUUACUUGUAUUCUUUGGAAAAAAUGCUUUAAUAAUCAAUUUGUUUCUGUGUAUUUAUAACGACAAAAAAAAACAAGCGAUUAAAUUUUUUGAAGCGCAAAUUAACAGUAAACAUAAAAAAACCCUGUAAUUAAUUACCUCACAACGAUUGCUCGGCCAAGGUCUUAUUUUUCAGCGAAAAAAUAACAACUUUUUGGUGAACAAGAUGUACAAAAGAAAAAGAAAAACAUAAAAAUUGCAAACAAAUAAAUGUCCACACUUAGAGAUUCUCUAUUAAAAAUAUAAUUUUUGAUUAAAUAGCACCUGCACCUAAAUUGAUUUAUUUAUAAACAAUAUUUACACUUGAUAUUUUUUCGCACGAAAAUAAGUUAUACAACAUUGUAUAAGAAAGAAAACCACUACAAGACCUUUCACAUGCAAAAGUACAAUUAUUAUAAUAUAAUAUUAUUUUUGAACAAUUAUAAUGAUCAGUUGGCAAACAAAAACAAAAAGAAAAACAAAACACAACAUUUUAUCCAAAAUACAUAAAGUAUAUUUUUUAUAAAUAGAAAUAAAACAAGUUAUAAUUAUUAAUUACUUUAAAAUGAAAGAGCAACUAAAAAUAAGUGUACUAGUCUUUCUUGAUUUGCUAUUUCUAAAAUAGUAGUAGCAUAAGUCAAAAAUUCAUAAAUAAUAUUUUCUUCCGAUUAUUUUCACACCUACAGCAAAAAUGCCAACCUAAAGUAGAACAAUAACAAUUAAUUUGUAUGCAUAUACAUAAAUGAUAAGCUAUUUACGUUAUUUUCUUUCAGAAUUUGGAAUUAAAAUAUUUUACGUACGUAAUGUAAAAAUUAAUUAUUGCUUUAUAUAACUUUAAUGUUUUCAAUGGCAGCUAUUAAAACACAAUGGCAUUGUAAUGCCAUUGGUAUUGUAUGUGUUUUAAUGGAGUGUAAGUUAUACGUAUGUAUGUAUAUAAGUAUAUAUAUAUUCUUUUUGCAGUAAAAUAAUAUUAACACAAAA